AUAAUUAAACCCCAAUAACAUAGCUUUAAUAUUCCUUUAAUGUUUCUGUCCUUCAUAUCCUUAAAAAUACAUCAUUUAUUUUGUUUCUGACGAUACAAACUCAACAAAUAUAGACACAAUAAUACUGUAAUGACUCAGGCACACACACUGUAAAAUAUAAAUCCAUUUAGAAAGACUUCGGUUUACUCCCUCAUUUAUUUCUGAUUUUUCACUCAGUGUUUUUCAGCUGUAAACACGAACAGUGACGGAAACAGGCAGAAAAUAUAAAAAAUAAAUCAAAUAUGCUGGAAACCAAGAGUAAAAGUAAAGUAGAGGUUUUAUCAGUAACUCAGUGGCUGAAUGUCUCCUAUCAGUAUCAAAAUACCCUGUUAUUUAAUUAUUAAUACUGAUGCAUUAACAUGGAGGCAGCGUGUUAAUGGUGUGGCAGCAGGACAAGCUACUUUCACGUACUUUCAGUAUUGUUGUUUACUCUAAUACCUCCAUCAGCAGGAACACUUAUCCUUUGAGCAGAGUCAGAGUCACCAACUGACCUGCAUGAGAAAACAUCCACACAGAAACAGUCGACUGCACCACCGUACCACCCGGUCAAAGAUCUCAAAUAAAUAUAUAAGGUCAAAAAAAUAUGCAUCAGGUUUUAAAAUGUGACUAAUUCAUUUCAGAGUCUGUGGAUCAUGACUGACGUUCACAGCCUCAGUUUGUACAUUAAACUACAACCUUCAUGUUCUCAGUGUCUGAGCAGCAGCAUCAUGUUGGCCAGGAAGGGCCUCCUGCCGGACGGCUUCCUGCUGACCCGCCUGGCUGAAGACCAGAACCAGCCGAACCGCAGCCGCUUCAGGUCUCAGAGAGCCCGCUUCAUCACCAAGACCGGAUCUUGUAACGUGGCCCACAAGAACAUCAGGGAGCAGGGUCGGUUCCUGCAGGAUGUUUUCACCACCAUGGUGGACCUGAAGUGGCAGCACUCGCUCCUCAUCUUCACCUCCGCCUUCCUCUGCUCCUGGAUGCUCUUCGCCAUGAUCUGGUGGCUUGUGGCCUUCGCUCACGGAGACCUGGAGCCUCGUGACCCCAACGGCGAGCCGGGCCCCAUCCCCUGUGUCACCGCCAUCCACUCCUUCACCUCCGCCUUCCUCUUCUCCAUUGAAGUCCAGGUGACCAUCGGUUUUGGUGGCAGGAUGGUGACAGAGGAAUGUCCUCUGGCGAUCACUGUGCUGAUCAUCCAGAACAUUUUGGGGCUCAUCAUCAACGCCGUGAUGCUCGGCUGCGUCUUCAUGAAGACGGCCCAGGCCAACCGCCGAGCCGAGACGCUCAUCUUCUCCAGAAACGCUGUCAUCGCUCCUCGUAACGGCCGGCCGACCUUCAUGUUCAGAGUCGGAGACCUGAGGAAAAGCAUGAUCAUCUCUGCCACCUCUAAACAGUUUCCCCUCCAGGUGAUCCGGCGGACUGUGACGGCGGAGGGCGAGGUGAUCCCGGUGUGUCAGCUGGACAUCCAGGUGGAGAACCCCCUGAGGAGUAACGGCAUCUUCCUGGUUUCUCCUCUGAUCAUCAGCCACACCAUGGAGAGAGGGAGUCCUCUGUACGAGCUCUCCGCCCAGUCUCUGGCCUCCGAGGACCUGGAGAUCAUCGUCAUCCUGGAAGGUGUGGUUGAGACAACAGGGAUCAGCAUGCAGGCCCGGACCUCCUACACCCCCGAGGAGAUCCUGUGGGGGAGGCGCUUCGUCUCCAUCAUUACAGAAGAGGACGGUCGUUACUGCGUCGACUACUCCAAGUUCGGCAACACGGUUCCCGUCCGGAUGUCGUCGCUCAGCGCCAAGGAGCUGGACCAGACCAGAGGAGUCCAGGAGGGGGUGUCCGAGCCCCAGCCGCAGGGAUGGGGGUUGGUCCGAGCCGGCAGAGGAGGUUUCCGCAGAGGAGGCCGGGCCUGCGACAGCUCCGCCCCUCAGCCCUGGUACGCCCAAUCAGAGAAACCAGAGAAGGAGGUGGAGCAGAAAGGACAGAAGAAGAUGGUGCAGCUGGAGGUGAUUGGACGACAGAUCGAAGAAGACGGACUGGAAGACAUAAACGACUGAAACUCAUAUACACAACAACAUGUACCACCAUGUGACUUCCUGCACUGUUUUAGUUUUAAUGUCCAGCUGUGAGCAGCUGCUCCAUUUUUAGUCUUCAGUUAUUUACUUGAACACACUUCAGACUAAAAACCUCUUCAGAUUUAGUUUGUAGUCAGCUGACACUGAUGGAACAUUUCACUGUUUACUUUCCCUGUUGUUGUCUCGUGGGUCCUCCUCCUUUUUUAUUCUGAAUUCAGUCAGUCACAUAAACCCAGUUUAUAUAGAUAUAUAUAAGAAAUGUUAUUAAUAUUGUAUAUAAGUCAUAUAAACCUGGUGUUAAAUAAAGGCCAGUGUUAUAGCACAUGAUAUUCAACGUGGUACAUCUGCUGUAGAUUUUCUGAGAUUGGAAAAUAAUCUUUAGAGGAAAUGUCUCUGUCUUAAAUGUGUUAUUUAAUAAAUCUAUUUUUUGUA